GACGGACUGCCGAAAUGCUGCUGUGUGCGGUGGCUUCGAAGAAGCUUUGGCAAGGUGUCGAGCUUUCGCCGAACUCGGGGCUGAUGUGGUCUAUGCUGAAGGUUUAUCGGACAGGGCUGAGAUGGCGACGCUGAACUCGGAGCUGUGGGUCCCGACGAUGCUGGCACAGGUGGAGAAGCCGGAUGUCGCUCUGAUCACUGUCCAGGAGGCUUCACAGCUCGGCUUUGCCAUGAGCCUGCUGGGCCUCACUGUGCUCAAUGUUGCAAUGUGCGCCAUGAAGCGGAGUCUCACAAAGCUGAAGGAUGGCCAGCACCCUGAGGAGCAUGACCGACUGACCUUCACAGAGCUCUACAGCGAGGUGGGCUUCGACGAGCACUAUGCAUGGGAAGAGCGGUUCCAAGCCGCAACCGACUUUCCACCGCCACAGAAAGCGAGACUGUGA